GGAAGUUGUCGGCGUAUCAGUAAGCGCAUUAGUGUGGCAAAAGACAUACAUAUACAUAUACUGGCCAAGGUCAGCGGUUCGCACAUGAGUGAUUCCAAGCACAGCGCGGUCACACGUACAUUGCCUCGUCCUGAUACCCGUGACACCGAUGCAGAUCCUUUUGAUCGCUCACCCAUGGCGCAGCACCGCUAGUAACGAACGGCACUAUUGUGCUGCUGUCCCAUCCCGUGCGGCCUGAUUCAAACCCCUAUCAACUCUCCCGGGAGCUACCAAACAUGAUGGAGCUUACACAGACAGCCGGCAGCAGCCUAAUCGCGGCCAUCAUCACCAACAGCACCGGUGAGGGAUUACCGGCCGAUGUGCUCGGUGGACACCGUGCCCUGCAGUACCCUUCGCAGCACCAGCAGCAUCAGUCGCAACAUCCACACCACCACCACCAGCAGUACCAACCGCAGUACCUGUACGCGAACGAUAGCGUGGCCGGGCAUGCAGCCGAAUCGCAGGGUUACGCGACGAACCCGAUCUGCAUCCUGCUGCCGAUAACGAUCUUCUACUGCUUCAUCUUUGUGGCCGGCAUUGUUGGCAACCUGUCCAUUUGCAUCGUAAUCGCGAAGAACAAAUCGAUGCACACCGCCACCAACUACUAUCUGUUCAAUCUGGCCGUGUCGGAUUUUUUGCUGCUGCUGUUCGGAAUGCCACAGGAGCUGUACGGCACCUGGAAUCCGUUCGCCUAUCCCUUCAACCAGAUAGCGUGCAUCAUUACGGGGCUGCUGUCGGAAACGGCUGCCAAUGCGACGGUACUCACCAUUACGUCCUUCACCGUCGAGCGGUACAUCGCCAUCUGUCAUCCGUUCCGGUCCCACACCAUGUCGAAGCUGUCGAGGGCGAUAAAGUUUGUGAUCGUCAUCUGGCUGGUAGCGUUCGGGUUGGCCACACCGCAGGCACUCCAGUUCGGUAUCGUGGAAACCGGUGACUCUCGGUUAUGUACGAUCAAAGAUGAACACUUUGUGCACGCGUUCGAGGUAUCCAGCUUCCUGUUCUUCGUCGGUCCGAUGACGCUGAUAGCGGUGCUGUACGUGCUGAUUGGGAUUAAGCUGCGAAAGAGCAAACUGCUGCAGGGCGUAAAACGGGCGUCAUCUGAUUACACUACACCGCCGCGAGGUGUCAGUGCCCAGAGCAGGGUGAUUCGAAUGUUAGUGGCUGUUGUUGCAACGUUUUUCAUCUGCUGGGCGCCGUUCCAUGCGCAGCGUCUGAUGGCCGUGUACGGUGUCUUUACCAAAACGGAGAGCGUGUUCUUCUACAAGGUGUACAUGGUGCUGAACUACAUCUCCGGCAUACUGUACUUCCUGUCCACCUGCAUUAACCCGCUGCUGUACAACAUCAUGAGCCACAAGUUCCGCGACGCAUCCCGGCACACGCUUAAGAUGAGCCUCUGUGGUGCAAACCGAAACAAAUCUGAUGGCCAACAGCACACGUACAGUGCCGUCUCGCGGUACGGCGUUACCGGUGGCGGAUCGUUCCGGGUAAAUUCCAACAACAUGGCAUGCAUCGGUACCGGCAUCCCGAUUGGUGGAGCGGCAGGAAACGGUACCGGGAAGCAGCCGGGAAAUGAAAGCACCGGUAACCAACACCAACAGGAAUCCAACCUUUCGCUGCUGACGAACGACCGGUCUAACCGCAGCACGAUGCCCCCAAUAUCGAUCCGGCCAACCUACACCCGUGCGGAUUCGCACUGCAUCUCGAUCAGCAGUAGUCAAUCGACUACCGGCACUAACAUUAGCAGCAAUGGCAAGCUAAGCCGUAGCUCGAACGGUUCACUCCGGCUCAGUGGCAAUCCGCUCGAAGCGCACGAACCCACCAGUGGCCGUUUGUCGACGAUCGCCGAAAAGCUUCGGCGGGGCACCAAGAAGGUGCUAGCGUUCAGCAAAUCACCCAACAGUACGCCGUGCAAAUCGAACUCACCGCCGGCUGGCAAUGGGACCGGGGCGGAUGUGGCCAGCGAGCGGCGAAAGGCGUACCGUAAGCGUAACAGUUGCGACAGUGUCGACACCAACACGAUCAGCAACUCGAGCCUGAAGGAGUUCGACGAGGAUGAGUUCAGUAGUGCCGAAUUAGCACGCUUUAUGGGCGAGGUUAAUAGUGAGAUACGCUAGUGGACAUCAGAAGCAGGUGUCGGCCUAGACGGACUACCAACAGUACAAACAAAAAAAACCUAACCACUCAGCGAUAGUGACUCGAUGACCUCAAACCAGCCCAACAAAAAACCCCCAAAGAAAGCAGUGUACAAAUGAGGAAAUGACUGGGUAGACGCAUGAUACGGUGUACCUGCGAUUUGAUCUCCUAGAGCACAAAUCGAGGAAGAAACUUUAAUUCACUUACACGCCCCGACCUAUCGGGGCUGGUAAAUCCUCUCCCGGACAAAGCAUCGAA